UGCUAAUUGUUUACAGAUUCCUCCAUGACAUCUCCCUCUUUCAGUCUGCUUCACCCUAUUGUCCAUAUCUAUCUGCAUCUUGAUUGUGUCCACAUUUACUUGCCAAAAUCCUUUAGCAGUCAAACUUUCUUCCUAAACUUUGCCUUCUUUCUUUGAUUACACUUUGAAACAGAUGAGUUUGUCUUAACUUCUUGUCCUCUAAUAUCUCCUUUACAUGGCUCUGGCUCAUAUAGUUUAACCGAUGCUAAAGGUAUCAUCAAAAUAGAGCUUAUUUUGUUAAUCCAUUUGUGUUCGAACAAAAAGAAGCUGACCAAUUAUUUGGCCACGUACCACUGUUUCAAGAGUGCUAUGGAAUAAUGCUGUUCUAAAUCAUCUUGACCUUGCUUCCUUGCAUCACUUGUUAGGCACUGUGGUUUUAGCUUGCUAAUUUUGUAGUUUGUGAAUUCCUUGACUCUGGACCACUGAAUAUAAAUGAGGCAUUUGCAAAUAUUCACUAAAAGGUGUGUUCUGCCCAAGUUCAGUAGUUUCUGGAAGUUAGGGGUUGAUUCCUGCUCUUUAAAGUUCUGUGGUCUGAAAUGUAAUGCCUGAAAACAAAAUCUGGCAUAACUACAAAAGGCAUAAAUGAAAGACGAGGUGGAAUGCUACAUGCUCAUGGAGAAGGAAGGAGAAGGGGAGAGGGGUUAAUCACGAAGAUUAAAUAGAGCUCUUGCCAGGCUAUUGGGCAAGGGGCCUCAUUCUGCUUGUAAUAUGAUUCAAAGUGCAAUAUUGGGCAAGUCUUUGCAUUUCUCAAUAUUGAACAUGAGGGUUUAUAAAGAUUUCCAAAUAUGUUUGAUAUUGAGGUCGGUUCUGCCAAUUCAGCUACACUGUUCAGUUUAAAAAAAACAGUAAGUUGUGAGAAGGAGGUAAGAAGAGACUCGGGUUAAAUGGCAUGGACUAGUCAGGCUGAAAUCAUUGCACUGCAAAUUUUAUGAAGUGGAAUUCCUUUGCUUUGGACUGAAAAAUUGGAAGUAGCAAGGCUUCAGACCCAAGGCCCUACAGAGGAUAGUAAAAUCUGCCGAGAGGAUCACCAGGGUCUCCCUUCCCUCUAUUUAAGAUGUUUACCAGGAGCAUUGUAUAAGAAGGACACGAGGCAUUGCUGAGGAUCCCUACCACCCAUCCCACAGUCUCUUUGACCCACUACCAUCAGGAAAGAGCCGCAAGGGAUAGGUGAGCCUAGUGUCUACCAUGCGGUGAUUGUAAUCUUUUUGGAGUUCUUUGCGUGGGGAUUAUUGACAACUCCUAUGUUAACUGUUUUGCACCAGACGUUUCCUCAGCAUACAUUUCUAAUGAAUGGACUUAUUCAUGGGGUAAAGGGAAUAUUAUCAUUUCUCAGUGCGCCUCUGAUUGGAGCUUUGUCGGAUGUUUGGGGCAGGAAAUCCUUUCUUCUUUUAACUGUGUUCUUCACCUGUGCUCCGAUUCCUCUCAUGCGAAUAAGCCCCUGGUGGUACUUUGCAGUGAUUUCCAUGUCUGGAGUAUUUGCAGUCACGUUUUCAGUGAUAUUUGCUUAUGUAGCAGAUAUAACUCAGGAGCACGAGAGGAGCACUGCUUAUGGACUUGUAUCUGCAACAUUUGCAGCUAGUCUUGUGACCAGCCCAGCUAUUGGAGCAUAUUUGUCCAGGGCAUAUGGAGAUAACUUAGUGGUAGUUCUUGCCACUGCCAUUGCCUUGCUGGACAUCUGCUUUAUUCUUGUGGCCGUGCCAGAAUCUUUACCAGAGAAGAUGAGACCUGCUUCUUGGGGUGCGCCAAUUUCAUGGGAGCAAGCAGAUCCUUUUGCAUCUCUGAAGAAAGUGGGUCAGGAUUCAACUGUCCUGCUAAUCUGUAUUACAGUAUUUCUAUCGUACCUGCCUGAAGCAGGCCAGUAUUCCAGCUUCUUUCUUUAUCUCAGACAGGUAAUUGGAUUUUCCUCAGAAACUGUAGCUGCUUUUAUUGCAGUUGUGGGAAUCCUUUCCAUUUUAGCUCAAACUGUGGUGCUAGGUGUCCUUAUGAGGUCAAUAGGGCAUAAGAACACUAUUCUCCUGGGCCUUGGCUUCCAAAUUCUCCAGCUGGCAUGGUAUGGCUUUGGGUCCCAGCCCUGGAUGAUGUGGGCAGCAGGUGCUGUGGCUGCAAUGUCCAGCAUCACCUUCCCGGCAGUCAGUGCCCUUGUUUCUCGGAAUGCUGACCCAGAUCAGCAAGGAGUUGUACAAGGAAUGAUUACAGGAAUUCGUGGGCUUUGUAAUGGUCUUGGUCCAGCACUGUAUGGAUUUGUAUUCUACCUUUUCCACGUGGAACUAAAUGAAAUGGAAGAUGUUGAUAACCCUGGUAAAGUUCCAAAAGGGAACAUGCAGAAUCCCACUGAUGAGAGCACCAUAAUCCCAGGACCUCCUUUUCUGUUUGGAGCAUGCUCGGUGUUGCUUUCUCUGCUGGUUGCCUUGUUCAUCCCUGAGCAUAGCGGUCUCCCUCUGCGUUCUGGCAGCUGGAAAAAACACAGUAAUGGGUCCCAGGGUCAUACGCACAGUCCACAGAGCACAAGCCCGGAUGGAAAGGAACCCUUAUUACAAGACAGUUGUGUAUAAUGGUGAAGAGCUGCCUAUCUAGUGCAGCUCAAGAUGGACAUGGAGGUCAGACAUGGCUGUUGACCCAAGGUUUUCAUUUCAGAAAUACUGAUAUUUUCUCUGAGUUAUUCAGUUCAGAGUUUCAUCUAUUAAUUUAAUGUUUAAAAAUGUUUUUCUCAUAAUGCCUUCUGGUCCUCCACCUGUUCAACGUAUUGGAGUCUGGAAUAUCUUGGGUUGUUUGUCAUUGGGUACGAUCUCCAAAUCCCGUAAAUGCAGGAUUUCAUUUCUCCAUUUUUUUUAAUGCCUUGUGCAAGACACCAGAAGUCUGUUACAAUAGCUUGGCAAAUUGCUGCGCUACUUAUACUCAAAUGUUUUUUUUUCCACAUAGUGCUACUAUUGGGGCUUCCCAGAAAUAUCAUCUUGUAGGUGGCCACAAGCUUGGUUAUAACGCCACUGAAAUUUACAAAAAGUAGGAAAAAGAUCCGUUUAAAAUUUCUUUUCAUUGGACAAAUUCGGACAGUUCUGAAUUCAGAUAUCUGACAAUCUGCUGUAGGUCUGUAUUAACCAAAUGGAGGGGUGGGGCAAACGUAGGAGUUUUGGGUGGGAAUGGUGUGUAUUAGAUGUGUAUGCUAAUACUAGCUUUUUGGUCUAUGCAUAAACAUCUGAUUGUUUUUAAAGCAGCACAUUGGUAUUUGAACCAUAAUCUCUAAUCAGUAACACUUAUAGUCAUACUUUAUUGAUCCCGGGGGAAAUUGGUUAGAUUAUUUGGAUGGCACUAUGAACACCUGUGUUGCUGUCUUCCACUCACGUGUACUUGGUACUCAUUCAGUUUGGUUUCCUGUUGGUACUGAGAUUCAUCCACUGACAACUUUCCCAACUUCGUGGUGAAUUUGUGUUUCCAGUCAGUCAUUGUGGAGAUCCAGAAGGUAUGAGGAAGAAGGCAGAGGGAGCUGGUGAACAAGUCAAGUGCCCCGUUUGGUACUGUGCAGAAACUACUGUUCCUGAUCAAUCUUGUUGUUUUUAUUGAGGGAAGCGGGAAAAGAAAGCCAUGCAAACAACUGGAUUCCCAAGCCAAUCAACACCGUUUGAGUUGGCUGUGAACUGGGUGAUCACUUUUCUCAGUCACGUCAGAAACACUAUUUCACCAUAUUGUACUAUAGAAACUCUCCAGUCUGAAGGCAGUUGACAGACUAAGGAUGGAUGAGUAACUCACACCUUGCUUGUUCUCUCUACCUCCAGCUCCUGCACUUGCUCACUCUAGCUCGAUCUGAUUCGCAAUACUUGUAAGUCAUUUUGCUUGUCAAUGGGGCAGGAGUAGUAACUGCUGUUCCAGUAGACAGCCUUUGAAGGAUGAUGUACCUGGUUAAUUCCCCUAACUUUAAUCUUAGAGCAAUCUUAAUCCACUGUGAUAACUAAUGAAUUCAAAAAGCAUUUGGAUUUUUAUACCCAAGUUAUACAUAGCCCUGAGUUGAAUGAAAGUUUCAUGGUACACCAGUCUGUUUCAGUCUAACACCAACCUAUUUUCUACGAGCUACCUUUAACAGAUUCUUGUAGACUACCAUAGAAGUCUUAAGUAAUGUUUUAUACUGUGAGGUUCAGUUGCACUGGUAUUAGAGUUUAGGCUGAGUUCUCUUCCUAGUUACUCUGCUGCCUAACACCUGGUGGGGAGGAACAUGUUUACUUCUACGUUCAUGACCACUCGCCCCUGUGUUCAAAUCAUUCAACUCUCACCACAGACAUUGUCGUUUGAGUGAACUAUGAGACCAUGUGCAUGGCUUGUAAAGUGUAAGCCACUAAGCCCCUGUGGUCAACCUGAAUACUGGCAGUUCAGAAUUAUCAAGGGUGAAUGUGCAUUUGAGUAAUCAUUGUAAAGAAAACAAGAUGCAUGUUUUGUCGAGGAUGAGAUGAUACAAUAAUUAUCGAUGCUUCCUGUGCUGGAAAUGGUCUAGUGUGCUAUCACCAUUUUCAGAAUAGCCAUUUCUCCCCCUCCAAUACACUGCACAUCUACAUUGUAAAUACCCUGCUGUUCUUUGUGCACUUUUGAUCCAGACUGCAGGUCAUUUUGCAAUAUGAAGUGCUACUGAAAGAAAGAAAUUCACCUACAGAGCUCUCUUGGCAUGUGCCUCCACUAUCUCCAGCAUCUGGUUCUGCUAUUAACAGUGCCAUUGUUUUCAUUUGCCAUUUUUAUAGCAAUUGUAAAUCUUAUUUUCAUUUUGUACUUUUAUAUUUUGAAGUUAAUUAGAGGGGAGAGGAGAGAGAGAGAGGGGACAUUGAAGCUACCUUUGUGUAAACUAGUGAUCUGUGUUUAUUUUCUCUAUGAAAGGCUAAUUGGUCUACUUAAAUGGUGUGAAAGCUAUUGACUCUUUACCAUAAGGUCAGUCAGUGUUUUUCCUCUACUCCUCUCUCUCAUUGCAAAUAUAGUGGAAGUAAUUUAGUCAUUGAUAUUUGUGGGGAGUCCCUGUGAAAAUUAACAAUCAUAAUAUAUUUUGUGCAACACAAUUGUUCACCCCCAAGUACUCUAGUCUUUACUAAUGGUUUUGAAAGAGCUGAUCUGCUGUAGCCAAGUGUCUCAUCACAAACACCAGACCUUUAAUGACUGAAACAGGUUUCAAUUUUUUUUAAAUUACAUAACUCUGUUACGUACCAAGAAAAACUUAAAAUUGUGCCCUGUUGACUAUUGCAAGCUGUAAAUGACUUUUUUUGGGGGUGGGGAGGGUGUGCUGAGGGAAAGCAUCUUGAAAGAGAUAGAAACACAAUGAUGCAAUAUCCAGCAAGGGGCCAAAGCAAAUAAUUUGCUUGCCACCAGGUUGUAGAAAAUGGACAUGUUCAACAAAAAAACACUUUAAAUUGACAAAUUAUGACUUUUGAUUAGUAUUGAAUUACCCAUAUGACGAGUAAAAUCUGAUGGGAUAAUAAGCUUUGAUGCUCCAAUGUGGGCAUUGGGAGGUUAUUAUAGACCUCAAAGGAUAAUUGUACUUGUAACAGUACACUAAAAUUCAACAAGUUUGUGUAACAUUUACUGUAAAAGUUUAUAGUGAAAUUAUAGAAUUAUAUUAGAUAUCUACAUAUGCCAAACAAUAUUUCAAUUUAUCUUUAGAUUUUUCUUGAGCGCCAGUCAAAUUGGCCUUAAUAUGUGUGCUAUUUUAGAACUGGUCUAGGGUGGGCAUUAUUUUUGAAGCCUUUUCAGGGUUGGUGUUGUACCUUGCACCAAAAGAUGUUGUAUAUCUAAAAUGUUUCAGCGGUCCUUCAUAUGUUGCCCAAUGAGAGUUUGGGCAGUGGCUGAGCGUAUCUGGACUUGCCUUCAUUGGAAGCUGGUAGAUAAAUGUGGGAACUUGAUAGUAAUAAGCACUUAAAGCAUCAUAGAACUUUUAAUUGUCGAAGCAAGAUGGCUGUGGAGCCCACUAUAUUUUGGUUCCAGUGUUUGGUCUACAAUGAGAUUAGAAUUGAAGAAUAUAGGUCUGCAGUUGAUCUGAUCAUACAUAAAAUAGUGUGAGCACAGGGUUAUAAAAUCAUCCGAUGCUCAACCCCACAUGAUGACUGCUGUUGAAUUCCUUUGUCUUAAGAUGCUGAUGGAGGACAUGUCAUUCUGGUUUGGGCUAUUCAGCUUGUUGAGCCUCACUAACUUUUAUGUGAUGAUUUGCUGUAUCAGGGGAUGUAUGGGACUGUGAAAAUUCCCACUGGGUUCUCAGAUUCAGGACUUUGGAAGCAUCAAGUACAGUCCAGCUAAAUACUAGCUUUGAAAUGCCAUUGCUUCUGAAGUUACGAUUUGCACUUGCACUAGCAAUAGAAAUGUUUAAUUUCAUGGUGAAAGCUGGUCUAAUGGUUAAUAAAGAAUUUGAAUUCUCAGAAUGUACUUCAUAUGGAAGUGGGGUAAGGGAAUCCACUUCAAAUAUGACAGCCAAGUCUGCUUUUGUGCUUGCCUGUACUUACCUGUAACCUGUAAGCUAAACUAGGCUGAGUUUGCCAACAAUAUGUUGACACCCAGUGAUUUGGAGCAGAUGAGAAUGUACAACAAUCUAUCUAAACAUCACCUAGCUGUAGAUAAUCUACAGAAUCUGCUUCAAAAAUCUAGAAACUAGAGAAAACAACUUGUCAUGAUCAAAAGCUUCUGUUCUCGCAGUAACAAGUUCUUUCUCUGGUAAAAUGAAUUGAGUUGGAAGGUAAUUAGGUGAUGUAGUGAGUUAUGUAAACAUCGCUGCUUAGCUAUAUUCAGGUAGGCGUCUGCCCAAGCUGGUGCUCAAAGAAAAUACUAAGUGAUCUCAACAAUAAUUUUACCCUCCCUUAUCAGCUGGGAGAGCAAAGUUCAUAAAUGGGCUUUCAAUGACAUUUGCGAAUGGUGCUUAGUGAUCAGCUGAGGUAAUUUUCUAAAUCUCCACUUUCACCCAUCCUAUCUACCUCUCCUGAGGUUGUCUUUUUAUAACUGGUAUAUGAAAAGCUAUGUUUAUGUUUGCUUGAAGCUUUUUGCAGAACGUUAAUUUUGUUUUCCAGAUUAUUUACUGAAUUAACUGAUCCUCGUUGUCAGAGUUUAGUUCUGUCCCAUCUGCACAUGUGGAGAAACUCUUCAAACAGUGUUACUAAAUGGAAUAAUUUAAUCAUGCAUUUUAGAAAUAUAUUUUCCUGUUCAAAGCUUUGCUAAUUUAGAAGUUUUUAAGCAAGCUUAACUGUUGAUGCAGAUACCGUGAUUGUCAAGUUUCAAACCUAGGUAAACCCAUCAGUGGAGGUCAUAUCUUCAGCUAUUGUGCUGCUAUUGUCACAGCUUGGCAUCAUAAAAUAGUGAUCAGCACCAGGCUGAAUUAACCUGCAUUGUAAAAGGUGCUGCUUUUCUUAGUGAAAUGUUAAACCAAGACCCAGUUUGCCUCUUGGGAGGAUGUAAAAGUUCCUAUGGCAUUGUUGCACAGAAGAGUUAGGACAUGACCCUGAUAUUGUGGGCUAGUGCUUAUCUCAACAAAAAAAAAGUACAUUAUCUGGUCAGGAGCACUUUGCUCAAUUUUACAAGCUUCUUGUGCAGACUUAUGACUGCUUUUCUCAUGAGCAGUUACGGAUACACUUCAGGAUUCCUUCUGUUUGGGAGGCCCUCGGGCUAUCAUAGGCACUGUAGAAAUGAAAGUCCUUUUAUUUCUUUAAGGAGAAAAUCAUAGUACAGCUCUCAUCCUGUCACAUAUUUCAUUGCUUCAGUAAGAUCUCACUUAACAAAGUGCUGCUUACUUGGCACCAAAUCACCAUGCAACCACACAGAAAUGUUGAAUGAGAAUCAUACUGAAGAGGCUAUUUUUCUGGGUAAACAAACACUGAAGAAGAAGCACCAGGCUUGUUUUGUCAUAGUAGUAUUGGCACUUGUUAGAUUUCGGAUCCAUUGAAUACAGUAAGAUUCCACAUCUUUUUUCUGUGCACCACCUCCUCCUGUUUUUACAUUCUUCAGCUCCGUGUGAUCCUGCAUUCAGGAAUUUGGAAAAUGGUGUUGGUUGCUCAAAUGUAUCCCAUUCUUCAUCUCUAUCAUGGGAUGUUGGAGGGACUCAGCUACUGUCCAUUUCCCUCCCCUCCCCCUACAUAGGUGCAGUUUCAACCGCUGAGUCCUUCCAGUAUCUUGUGUGUUGCUCUGCGGUCUCUUUUGACUCCAUAUUCUGUUUGACAAGUGCACUCAUCAGUUUUGUCUUUUCUUCCAAUAAUAGGCCAAAAACUACUCUUUACCCGCAUCUUUAACCUACACACCCCAGCCACUACUCUGUACUAGUUGGACAUCUUAUGGGUGCCUCCAUUGUAUGAAUCCUGAUUUCAGAUGCAGCCCAAUAAAUUUUUGUUAUGCUCUAAAACAGGGGUUCCCAACCUAGGGUCCCCAGACCCCUUGGUUAAUGGUAGGGGUCCAUGGCAUAAAAAAGGUUGUGAACUCCUGCUCUGAAAAGUGAGAAUGUCUACAUUUGUAAUCGUCUAGGCCCCAAUGCAUGUAAUCACUCCCUACAAACCUCUGAAUCCAGGAUAGUUGAAAAACUUGUUCCAGAAGAAAGGUUUAUCUUUAGAUUGUUCUAACUUCAGCGUGAUUUACAUUAGGGCAUAUAGAUCUGCUUUGAAUUGAAAGUCUGGAUUUUCUUAUUCAGCAUUCUAUCCACUAUAUACAUUGAUAUUCUGUGGCCAAGGAAUUUGAAAGAUGUUUGGAUGAGAUGACGAACCUGGCUCAGCUAAAACUCUGUAUAUAAGCUGUAUUGUAUUUAGAAGAGUGACCACUUUAAAAUGCUGGGGCGGGGGGGCACAAAAUGGUUAAGUAAUCUGCUGGAAUGGACUCAGCUGGCUGAGCAGUACCCAUGGUGGUGGGGUUCGGGAGUGAUGAAGAAAUUAGCAACGUUUCUGGUCAUAUCUGCAUCAGGACAGUCCAUCGGCACCCCCCCCCCCCGCCAUGCUGCUUGACCCACUAAGUUUCUCCAGCAGAUUGUUUGACGUUCCACAUUCCAGCAUCAAUGGCCUCUUCUAUCCACAGAGUGGUUGUAUCUGUAAAGUACAGCAAAAAAUAAAGCACUUGAGAAGAGCAUGAUUGGGGAAGAUGAUAUCAAGACAUUUGGAGUGAAAACAAUUUACCUGGCUAGUUUUGAAUUGGCUUGAUUUACUUGGGUGAGAGUUUAAAAUUAGUCAUUGAUAAUGUGUGAUUUUUUUUAUUACACUUCUUCCUCCCAAAAUUUGUUAUCAGUUAUUAAAUGAAAGAUAUUUCUUCAUACCGAUGCAUUGAAUCAAAUGAAAUACAAUUUUAAACAGGAAUCACUGACAUUAUUCAGAUGUACAAAGAUAACAUUAUCCAGGCUUUACAGUGCUUCAGGAAAUGCAUCACGGAUUUGCAUCUGGAGUUUUGCACUAUGAGCCAAAUGCAUUUUAGUGGAGCUGUUUAUGUCAGCCAUACCUCAGUGGGUAAAGCUCCUGUGUACAUGAGGUGGUGGCUUCAUGUCACCCCACCCAGAAUCCUGAGCAUGAUGUAUGUAGUGCCAGUGUCAAGAAAGUGCUACAUUGUUCAGAGCUAUCAUCUGUUCAUUGGGACGCUAAAUAGAGAUCUCAAUGCUUCCAUGAGUAGACGGAGAAUAUUGUAUGAAGGGGGAGUGAGGUUUGCUUCCCAUGUUCAGGCCAGCAUUUAUCUCUCAGCUGACAAGUGAUUAGUUAUUUAUCUCAUUGCUAUUCUGUGGGAACUUGCUGUGUGCAAAUUAGCCACCAUGUUUCUGACAUUACAGCAGUGACUGAACUUCCAGUGUUUCAUUGGUUGUAAUGUGCUUUUGAAGUGACCUGAAGUUACAUCAGUAGCUUUACACAACAAAUGAGCCAUACUUAUUGGUAUUUUAACAUAACUGCACAUCUCCAGCUUCGUACCAGAAAUUAUAUGAAGCAUAUCUUGCCAAGUGAAAAGCCCUAUUCUAAAAUGCAGCUUAAAAGGUCGGCUCUCUAACUUUUCAGACACUGGGUUCAGUACUGCAUCUGCAAUGAUUAUAUGGUGUAACAUUUUAAUUUGUCUCUGGAGGUUUUGUUAAAAGCUUGUCGCCUCUUACAAAUGUGCCUACCAAAACUGUACAAAUUGUAAAUAGGAAUUGUCAAAAAAAGUAUUUAUUAAAAUGUACAUGAAUCUA